UUGCAAUGCCAGCUGAUCCAUACUUCUACAAAAUCCUUUUAUUAAAAGAAAUGAAUCCAUACGUUGACAUCUUCAAUCUAAUGUCCUAUAAUUUCUCUGGAGAAUGGCAACAACCAACAGAACACCAAGCAAACUUGUUCGGCCAUGGUUUAUCAGUUGAUCGAGCAGUAACUAACUAUAUUGAAGCUGGAGUUAAUCUAGCAAAAAUAGCACUUGGAAUCCCGAUGUAUGGAAAGUACUCCGGUACUGGGAAAGGAGAAUGGGAACCGGGCAUAUGGGACUAUAAAUCUCUCCCGAAAAAUGGUAGCAAGGAAUUUUAUGACAAGAAAGUAGUAACUAGUUACAGUUACGACAAGAAAAAAUGUGAACUCAUAAGUUAUGAUAAUCCCAAAGUGGUUAAAGAAAAAUGUAAAUACUUGAAAAAUAAAAAAUUAGGUGGAAUUAUGUUUUGGGAAUUGGAUGGUGACUUUCCUACCUCAAAUAAUUGA